GAGCUCGAUGUGUGGACUCGACUCAAGCACGAGCGAAUCCUCCCGCUUCUCGGCUGGGCCAUUCACGAUGUCGGCUACGCCUUGGUAUCGCCGUAUUUCCCAAAUCGCGAUAUUCAAACGUACAUGGAGGGCCGAACGGUCAGCUUGAAUCAGAAGCUAAAGUGGAUGUUCGAAAUCGCUGAAGGCAUGCAGUACAUGCAUGCCAAGAAAUGCGUGUUUGUCGACGUGAAGCCGAGCAACGCCAUCCUCAAAGACGAUUUAUCGGUCAUGCUAUGCGAUUUCGGCGUGUCGAUUGCCUUGGAUGGACGCGAGAGUGGAACGGUCGUGAAACCACCGUCCAAGGACAAGGAUAAGGGACGAGAAGGGUUUUACGGAACGAUUCAAUAUUUCGCACCGGAACGAUUCCGCAAUAUCCAGCCCAACUUUUUCACCGACGUCUAUUCCUUCGGAGUGACGUGUUUCGAAAUAUUG